AUGUCUGGCAGCAUUGCAUCCAAGAACCUCUACGAGCUCCUGGGCAACGACCCGGAGCUUGACCCCGAGAGGAAACAGCCCGAGCCGCCCACCAAGGCCAUUGACAAGCCCGCUGCCCGCACCGGCAAGCGCAACGCUGGCGGCGACGCCCCGGUCAAGGACGCUCGCACCACCGCUCCCCGCGGCGGCCGCCCGCAGUUCUCGGGAAGCGAAGGAGCUUUCCGCGACCGCAACGCUGGCAGCGCCAACAACCGCGGCAAGCCGACUGACGAUGGCCUCCGCCAGGACCGCCACCCCAACCGUCUGAGGGGCGAGCAGCGUGGUGGCCGUGGUGGCAAGGGUCCCCGCCGUGACGACCGUCACAGCCGUACUGGCGUCUCCGAUCACCCCAAGCAGGUCCAGCAGGGCUGGGGUGGUGAGGACGGCCCCAAGGAACUUGCCGACGAGCAGGCCGGUGAGGCCAUUGCCAAGCAGGAGGAGGAUGCCGCUGCCGGUGAGGCCGCCGAGGACGCCGUCGAGAACGGCGCUGAGGAGGAGAAGGUCAAGAGCUACGAUGACUACCUUGCUGAGAUCAUGGAGAAGAAGGCUGCUCUCGGCGCCAACAUCGAGGUCCGCAAGCCCAACGAGGGCGCCUCCAAGAAGUUCCCUGAAGGCAAGGCCAUCGAGCACGCCGAGGAAGAGGUCUUCUUCAUCGGUGAUGGUGGCAAGAAGGGCCGUGAAAGGAGCAAGAAGGAGAAGAACCAGCUCGACCUCGGUGACAUCUACGGCCGUGGUGAGGAGCGCGGCGGUUUCCGUGGCGGCCGUGGCGGCCCCCGUGGUGGCCGGGGUGGUCCCCGCGAGGGUGGCUUCCGCGGUGAGGGUCGCGGCCGUGGUGGCCGUGGCGGCCGCGGUGGUGAGCGUGGCGGUGCCGUCCGUGGUGGUGCUCGCGUCAACCUCAACGACACCAGCGCUUUCCCCAGCUUGGGCGCAUAA